GUGGUGGCCAGGGGCCUGGCCCAGGUCCUGGUAUUUGAAGAUGAUGUGCACUUUAAAAGCAACUUCCGGGGGAGGCUGGUGCGGCUGAUGGAGGAUGUGGCGACCCACAAACUCCCAUGGGACCUGAUCUACCUGGGCCGGAAGCAGGUGAACCCCGAGGAGGAGUUGGCUGUGGAGGGGUUCCCUGGCCUGGUGGUGGCUGGGUACUCCUACUGGACACUGGCGUAUGCCCUGAGCCUGGCCGGGGCCCGCAAGCUGCUGGCCUCCCAGCCUCUGCACCGCAUGCUGCCUGUGGAUGAGUUUCUGCCCAUCAUGUCUGACCAGCACCCCAAGUGAGGCUUGGAGUGGGGGAGGCUUCUCACUGGGUGGCAGAGAUUAGUGAGGUCUACUCAGACACAGGU